AUGGGAAAUGUUGGUAUAAAAAGAGCAAUUUCCACAGAUAGGUGCAAAGUGUUACUUUUGAAACUGUACUUCAAUUUCCCUGAGAAACCAGACACAGCUGGUAAACUUUACUACCUAGAGUCAAUAGUCGCUUGUCUGAGAAACACUUUUCAGAAAGCGAAGUCGGAAAGUACAGCACAAAGCAUUGACAGGUCUAUGGUAAAGUUCAAAGGAAGGUUAGCCUUGAAACAAUACCUUCCUAUGAAGCCAGUAAAGCAUGGGAUAAAUAUAUGGAUGAGGAGCGAUUCCGUAACAGGCUACACAUAUGACUUCAACAUAUAUUGUGGAAAGGAUGCAAAUAAUUUGGAUGGCACAUUGGGUGAGCAUCUGUUGGUACAUGUAUGGCUAACAGGAAAAAUGAGCCAAAGUCAACAAAGAAACUUGCUCGGGUGGGAAUGUGAUUUCCUUUGCAAUUUGUCUGGUACAUUGUGGUGUAAAUGGCAGGACACCAUAAAAGUAAUGUUGGUCAGUAACUGUCAUUCUAAUGAUGUAUGUACAGUGAACAGAAAAGCAAAAGAUGGAUCUAAAUUGGUUGUAGAAUGUCUAGUGGCACUGAAAACUUAUAACGAGUAUAUGGGUGGUGUGGACUUGGCUGAUCAGAUGAGUACACUGUAUGAUUUAGACAGAAAAUCUGAUAAAUGUUGGAAGAAAGUAUUCUACAAACUGUUGCUAGCUAUUGUUGUAAAUGCCUGGAUUUUACAAAAGGAAAUUCAACACAAGACAGUGCCACUAAAACAUUUUCUAGUCAACCUAGCAGAGCAGAUAAUGGCCAAGGGACAAAAGACUGCCAAGGUACAGCAGAAAUACUCAACUGGGCGUCCUUCUAAGAGAGCAAGAGAGAACAUAAUAAAUUUGACAAUGUUGCCAUUUAUUAUGCUGCCAUUUGCUCGAGAAAAAUAA